CGGUAACAGCGCUUGAUGCACUUGAAAGUGGAAGAAUAAUGCCUAGCAGAAAUUCUAAAGCCUGCUGACUGAUCCAUUGAUGGCCUGCUCAUUUUUAAAAAGAUUCUUUUAUGUACAAAUGAAGAAUCCAGGAUAUAUCCUUUAAUAAUACACAACUUAAUGUUAAAUUCUCAGACCUAACGUCUGUCUUUGGUGAUCACUGAGCAAAUGAUGAAUUAAUCCCAGCGUAGUACCGACUAGUCUGUCCUUUGGCAUUUUAACUUAUUGCAAAUAAUUUAUUGAAUGGUGUUGCAUUGAAUGACAGUUUCAUUCAAUUGAUAGUAAAUAACAAAAUGAGCGACGAAGACGAUGACUUUGUUACUUAUGGUACUGCACUCGAUCCUCUCGACGAAGAUAACUUACCUCGAAAAAAACCUGUAACUAUUGAAGAUCAAAUUGCGGUAGAUGCUCAAGGAAGAAGAAGAUUUCAUGGAGCCUUUACAGGUGGCUUCUCGGCUGGAUAUUUUAAUUCAGUUGGAUCCAGGGAUGGCUGGAGACCACAGCAAUUCAAAUCAACAAGAUCAAGCAAAGCUGGUAAUGUAACCCAACGUCCUGAAGAUUUUAUGGAUGAUGAAGAUGUAGGAGAGUUUGGCAUUGCACCAACUGCUAUCAGGGCAACCCAAGAAUAUAGUGCCCAAACAAGCAGAGGUACAAAAAGGGAGAGAUCUAAAGCUAGCAGUGAUGGUCCUAUUCCUGGUACUCCUGUUUUACAUGAAUUACUUAAACCUGCCAAAGAGAGAGUUGGUGUAACUUUGCUCAAGAAAAUGGGAUGGAGACCAGGCCAGGGUGUUGGACCCAGAUUGACAAAGAAAGAAAAAAAACAAAUAAAACAUCAUCAAGAAAAAGUAAAGGUAUAUGGAUGUUUUCUACCCAGCCAGCAGACAAAAUCCAGUGGGAGUGAUGAUGAAUGUUCUGAUGACGAAUUUGUUGAAAUUACAUUCGCUCCAGACGAUUAUGAACCAUAUAGAUGUAAGCCUAAAGAUAAUUACUUUGGAAUUGGCUACAGUGGACUUGACCGUAGACCUGUUUUAUCUCAACAUUUUAAUCUCUUUGAUGAACCAGCUUUUAAAGUAUCAGAUAAAAAUAAAAAAUUUAGUAUUAAAGGUCAAGCAUUUGGAGUGGGAGCUUUUGAAGCUGAAGAUGAUGAUAUUUAUGCUCGUGAAGAUAUGUCACUCUAUGAUUCUCAAUUAGGACCAGAGAAAAAAGAAAAAAGUAGGUGGUCAAAAAAUUCUAAGGAUACAGAAUGUUUAGAAGGUUUUGUUAAAAGUAAGGGACGUUUAGAAGGAAAAAAAAUAUUUGCUGCUCCUACAUUGCCUCAAAAUUUUGAUCCUAUUCAUAAAAUACGUAAGAGUAGGUUUGCACCAUUACCUGCUGAAUUAAAUAAACAUGUGAAAAGACACGAAAUGAACGCUGAAAGUCGCUCUAAAAUUCUCAACGAUGAUAGGCCAAGUAUAAUCAACUCUCAGUCCAGUAAAGAAGCAAAAUCAACAAGUGUAGCGGUAAAAGUAAUUGAACGAACGCUAAAUCUCCAUGGUAAAGAGCAAAUAGCCGCGCGCAAGCAACUCGAAGAAAGUCAGCCGAAAAAAUCAUCCAUGUCAUGGUUAGAUAAAAUUUCUGCUACAACAUUUGUUAAAGGUGAAGUGAUGGGCUCUAAGCCAAUGAUCCAAGGUUGCUUGCAAGAUCCAAAAACUUUUGCAGCUCUAACUAAUGAUAAUCAAACAGCAUCAUCUGAAAAAAAUCUAGUAAAGCCAACUUUUGCUGAUUUAGAUAAACAAAAUCGUUUUAAACAGUAUCUUAAUUAUACAGAAAGCGAGAGAAAAUUAAAGUUUGGAAGUUGUCAGCCAUUGUCCAUGACUGAAUGGGAACGUGAUCAAGAAAUUGCAGAAUUCGAAAAAGCUGUAAAAUUGUGUGAAAAUAUUGAUAAAAUUGUUGCAGCAGAAAAAGAAAAAGAACAAGUUAAAGAGCCUGAGAAAAUUAUAGAUCUGAAUAAACUUAGUGAAAAAGAGAGAAUGUUACAUGCUGCAAGAAUCAAAAUGUUUGGAAAAUUGACCAGAACGGACAAUGAGUGGAAACCAGUGAAGAUUGUUUGUGUACGAUUUAAUAUAGCUGAGCCAUCAGUUGGAGUUGCUGUGGAAGGUGUACAAAAGAAAAAAUUCUCUAUUUUCGACAAUGUUGUGUGGGAUGAAAUGUCAAAAUUUGAAAACGGAAAGAGUUUAGAACGUGAAUUGUACAUUCAACCUUCAACUUCAAGAUUUUUAUCUGUAGAUGAAGAACCACAAAAAAUUAUAAGCGAUUUAUCAUUGCCAAAACAAAAAGGAAUGACAGAUGAAGAAAAAAGUUUUAAAGAUUCAUAUGAUAAGGUAUUUGGAAAAGAAAUAAAAUUUGAUAAAAAAGUAACUGAAGAUGAAAACACGACUAAUAAUCAAGAUAAUCAGUCAUGUUCACAAGAAAAAACUAAUGUAGAUGAAAAAAUGGAUUUAUUUAAAGCAAUAUUUCUUGAUAGUAGUGAUGAAGAUGAAGAAGAAACAUCCAAAUCUGAAAAUUUAGGAAAAAAUGAUGAAAAAUUGAAAAAUGUACUUUUGGGUAAAUCCACUGCUGAAAUAAAUGUUCAGCGCAAUGAUUCGCCUCCUCGAGGUAUUUUUGCUGAAAUAGAUCUUGACAAUCUUUUAAAAAAACCAUUGAUGCAGAAUACAAAAAAAGCAGACCAAUCAGUUGAAGAUAGAGAUCUAAAUGAAAAAAUAAGUUUAAAUGAAUCAAAAAGUACUGAACAAAUUGAAGAUUCUAGCAGUGAAGAUGAUCCAAUGGAUGUUUAUGGGCCUGCAUUACCCAAAGAACUUGUUCAGAUUGAUGCUACUAGUCGAAAACCAAUUUUUACCAAGAAAAAUGCUGAUGAUAAAUUAUGGAUUGAAAAAAAGGAUAAAAAAUCUAAAAAAGAUAAAAAAAAACAUAAACAUAAAGAACGGUCCCGAAGUAAAAGUAAAAAAUCUAAAAAAGAUAAAAAACAUAAAUCAUGAUGAAUAAUGUCAUGAAAGAUUGUAUUAUAAAUUACUAUUAGUUUAUAUUAUUAAAUUAAAAUAAUCAUUUACCAUUUAUAAAUUUAAUAAGCAAA